AUGGCCAACCCCGAGGAGAGCAACAAAACUAAAGACAAAGAGGCUGACACACAACAGACUACAGUAAAGAAAGGAGGAAGCAGCAGCAAUAGUGUUGGAACAGGGGAGGAUACGUCAUUAAGAGGUGGACGGAACCGAUUCUGCAAACAGUGUAAAUUUACUUGCAAAGAUUCUCGUGAAUUUUCGCAGCAUCAAUUGUCUGCACACGGUGAGUCUGAGGAAACGCGCAGCUCCCAAAAUUCAUUGUGCAAAGAAAACAGCAGUCGAAGAGGGAGCACAAAAUCCCAAAGCCCCCAGUCAGCAGGCUAUCACAAAACUGACCACUUGGCUGGCAGCAACAGUAAUAAUACUUCUAAAAUGAACCGUGAAGUCGAUGAAAAUACAGGAGAUCACAUCUAUAAGGACACUGAAGAAGAUGAACUCGACGAUCGUUUGGUAAUUGCUGAAGAACACGACGAGUCAUAUUCUCAUACGCCCAUAAGAAGUGGAAAUAUUCAAAACCGAACGUAUAUUUGCCCAUCCUGUGAUUUUUCAUCGACCAGCGCGAAAGUAUUUCUUCAUCACCAGAAAGAUAUUCAUGGUAAAGACUUCACAAUCUAUGAAUGUGAUGUGUGUGAUUAUGCAACACGAUACAAGCAGAAACUUCCCCGUCAUCGUAAGCUUCACUUUCCUGGACUAGAAUUUAAUAAUAGUUCCUCUGGUGCUACGGGUUCCAUGUCAGUGUCUGAUAACACGGCCGACAAUUCAGACAUUGCUAUGGUAGGUGAGGACGACAUUCGUAGAAAACUAGAUGAUGAUUUAGAGGAUGAAUUAGAUGAAGAAGAAAUGGACAUCACCACUGAUGAAGGCCUAGUUAUUGAUGAUACAAUGAAGCAAAAGACAAAACGUACUCGGCAGGAGGUCGAUCCUGCCAAGUAUAUUGAAGUGAUGGAUGAUUCUGGUAUUAAGUAUUCCUGUUCAAAAUGUGGCAAUAUCUACAAAUGGCGCAAGUCUCUAAACAAACACUGGAAAGAGAAGCACGCAGAUGAAAAAUUGGAUGGUCUCAAAGCUGUGCCCCCAACUUUGAAUCCUGUAAAACACAUUUCUUCAAAAAGUGCUCAUGAAUAUAUGAGACAAGAGGCUUGUGAUAAAUUUGCGUUCAAAAAGGAAAGUAAGCCAAACGGCUAUACAGAGGAAGAAAGUGCUUGUGGUGAUGUAUCGUCAUCUGUCAGUGACUGUGUUAUGCCUAAGAUGAUUGGUCCAUUCAUCACCAAUUCCUAUGUCCCCAUAUAUUCAACAGAAAACAGUCAGUCAUCUUCAGGGCAGCCAGGAGUAGACCACGAAGCCCUUGAUCUGUCCAGCAAGCCUACAACCUCUUCAUCCAGAAGCACACAACGAGAACCCCUUGAUUUCUCUUUUAAAAAAGAGCCAUUCAUGCCAGUUACACCAGAAAUGGUAGCUGUGAAAGCCGAGCCAAUUUGGGAUGAUGAGAAUGAAAUGUCCAAAAAUCCUGAAGACUCUCAGCAGGCAUCUCCAGUCUUGCAGUGCAUUAAGUGUGCAUUUGUUGCCAAGACCUUCGUUGAUUACAGUUCACAUAUGGCUGUGCACUUGAAUAAGCGGGCUUUCAAGUGUGCUGAGUGCCAGCAGCAUUUUAACUGUGUAGAAGAACUUAACAAUCAUUUCGGAAAGGCCCAUGUUGAAAAGAUUCAAGAACAUCGAGAUGUCAUUCAAAAGAUACCACAUGGACUCCAGCAAACUUAUCAUUUAUUACGGAUGCCCUUGGCAUCAAGUGAAUUUAGCCCUACUGAAAGCCGACAAUUAAAAUGCAGUCGUUGCGAUUUUGUUGCAAAAUGGCCAGCUGAACUCCAGAAACAUGCUGUAUCACACUCAGAAGAACGUCCUUUUAUUUGCAUGGUAUGUGGCUCAACAUACAAAUGGAAGUGGGACCUGGUAAAACAUUUUGAGAAGAGUCACUCAACUCUUACCAAUCCCUACAAAAGACGACCAACAGUAUCUGGUCCGAAUGGGUCCUGCAUUGGGUCAGAUUCUACUAUAACUACUGUCUCAAGAACUGCCGAUGCCUUGGUUGACCGAAAUCUUGAUUCUUUUAUACUAUCCCCUAUGAAGAAAAGAAGAUUAUCUGAAACUGAUUUGACCUCUGCCCUUCAUCCAUUUUACCAGGAGGAUGCCAAGCAGGCAGAAAUUGGCACAAAAGAAAAUCGAAAUUCCUUUGACACUUUCCGGCACAACAACAGAACCCCUCCUAUCAAAACACAUGAACGUCCAUCUUCAGUGCCCCCAAAUUUCAACCAUGUGACAGACAAAAAUUUCCAGAAUGAUAAAGAAUCUGAAGAUAAUGGUAUACCUGGGCUCCAAAUUACUAAUGUAUUUUCGUUGGUGAAAGAGAAGCCUAUGUUGGCUACAAGCGAAUCCCAGGAAGCCAGCACAAGCCAAGUAUCUGCCAGUCAACAGAGUGCUGAGCAGCACCGUGCUGUCAAUGCAGCUCUUAGGCAGCGUAUAAAUAUGUCAAAUAACAGGAGUCGGCGCCAGACUUCCCUGAAUUCCAAUGAAAAGGAUAAAUCCUGUGCAGAUAUUCUUUUACCUUAUAAGUGUACUCUUUGCCAAUACAGGGCUCGUUGGCCGUCGGAAAUAACACAACACAUGAAAAACCACUCUGAUGAAAAGCCAUUCUGUUGCCCUGAAUGCAGUUACAAGAGCAAAUGGAAAUGGGAUGUUGUAAAGCAUAUGAAGAGAUGUGGAGGUGGGACUGUAAAAGAUGUUAUCGAUAACAGUAAACAAAAGAGUUGUGGUCCUCCUAAUGUUGUUCUUGCUGUGCGGGAAGAGCCCAACAACAAUCAAAACAUUCCCAAACUUUCUAAUACCCAUGUUGCCAAUGGGGAAACAACUCCGAUCUCUUACAAGAACAGUGCCAGCCGGGUCUCAACACCGUCAGCUGCUUCAGUAGCCGCAACAGCAGCAGCUACUGCAGCAACGGCAGCAGCAGCUGCAACAGCAGCUGAUGGGCGAUCUCACUCACAGUCACUUCUUGAUCUGAGACGGGAUUCCAGUUCUUCACGGCCUAACCCUGUUUUUCGAGGUUUGGUUAAUGAUGGUUUGUACCACUGUCUCGAAUGCCAAUUUAUUGGUCACAGCCCUGCAGAACUGAAACGGCAUGCUUACUUACACUCUGAAGACAAACCGUAUGUCUGUGAAGUUUGUUCUUACAGUUCCCGCUGGAAGUGUGAUUUAAAGAAACAUAUCCGCACUUAUAAUCAUCAUCACCCACAAGAUCCUACAGCUUCUCAUUCAGAUGGUUCUGACCAACCCAAUCAAGGCUCAACUACGUACGACCACUCUUCAUCAUUCCAGUCACAAAUGGAUGAGAAGCUUAACAAGGAUGAUGACUUCCCGGAUGACGUUGAUACAAGAAGUGUCUCCAGUUUCUAUUCUGCCGAUUAUCAGAAACCCUUAAAAGAACCUGUCAAACAAAGCUGCACCAAAUGCAGUUUUGUUACUGAUGAUUUAGCUGCUUUUUUGCAACACAGAUUAACACAUGAUAACAGCCACACAUCAAACAACAAUGGUGGCAGCGGUGGCGGUAGCAGCAGCAGCAGCACUUCCUCCAGCAUCUCUCAACAAACCUCAGUGCCUAUCAAUGCUGUUUCGUCACGGACUCGUCAUCUAAAAAACCGUCGAAAACCAAUGAAGCAAUUCCGAUGCCCCAAAUGUCCAUUUGUUUGCCUAACUGAGCAUGAUCUCUCCAUCCAUGAGGGUAGACAUAAGCCACAGGGUUCAAAUGCUGUCAAAUGUUUCUAUUGUGAUUUCAGUGUCCUUAAUAGCAAUAAGGUUGCCCUGAUCCAGCACCUUCAUUUGCAUCCGGAAUUUGACCCCUCGGAUAAGUCUAAGUUGAAGGAAAUCCUCAACUAUUCAAACCUUUUGGAUGUUUGGCAAGCAAAUGAAGAUAAUGAAGAAAUGGAUGAUGUUUCUUAUGAAUAUUAUGAACCUCCUGAGCAAAUGGAUGUAUACAGAGAACGGCCUUCUAUGGCUGAGCAAAAGAAAGAGGAAAAAGAAGUAGAAAUUCAAGCUCUGGCAUUUGAAGAACCACAGCCGGUGAAUGGUAUGAUGCCAAAAAAAGAGCCCAACAUGAGUGCUCGACUCCAAUGUGAAUGGUGUGAGGCAGCUUUUGUUCAUAUCAGUACACUUUAUCAACAUGCCAGAUCUGUGCACCCAAUAUUAUUGCAGCAACAAGAAUAUGAAAACAAUAUCAAAUAUGAUGACUUUCCUCCUGCCACAUACAAUGGCAUGGCUGUCAGUCAGAAUUCUACAUUCAAUGUAAUCCUACCCAAAAUUGCUCAAACUCCGAAAAAGAUUCAGCCAAGCACUGUAAUCAAGCCAAAGAAGAAUCCUAGCCCAGGCAAGACAGGAGGCCCCUUCAAAUGUCAGAAAUGUCCAUUUAUUGGAGCCAGCUCCAACACAUAUUCUCGACAUAUGGAGCGUCAUGGCAGCAACUGCAAACAUACAUGUUUGUACUGUGACUACAGCAUUGAUCGACUGAACCUGCUUCAUCAACAUAUGCGAGGCAGCCAUGGGCAUGAUGUGAAGCAGUCACCCCUCAACAGCUCAAAUUCAGAAAAAUCUGUCCACAAUGGACUCUCCAAGGCUGAAACUCCAAACAGAGUGAUCCUCACUACACCAACAUAUAUCCAAAAAAAUGAGAGCUCCAAUGAGACUCAUUUGAGAUUGAUUGCACCAAAACCUGUUGAGAUAAAAAACAAUGAGAUUUCAACUUCUCUUCCUAUCCUUGAAAAUAAUCCAAAUGGGAAAUAUCUGUACAGAUGCCCGACCUGUUCAUUUACCAGCCCAAAAGUAAAUGCUACAAUGUCACAUAUCCGCACACAUAGCACAGGUAAUACAUUUGAUGCAAAACCAUUGCCAGUAAACAAGCAGACAGAAUACAAAAACUUUAUUCAUACUCAACAGCAAAGUGGCAAAAAAAUAGGCUCUAACUGUUCACUAGACAAUUCCUUCCAAAGUAGUUGUGAUUGUAAUGACAUACAGUUGGGACAACCAAAAAUGCAUUCACAACAAUCCUCUCAAGUAAGCCUCAAGAAUGUUUUCGCUUGUCAGCAAUGUCCAUUCAAGACAACCAGUAAGGACUCCCUCCAAGAGCACCAAGAACUACAUGGUUACAAAGGACAGUACCAGUGUGAAUUUUGUAGUUUUAGUGUAGAUCACAUCAAUUUAUUCUGUGACCAUUCUGCACUCCAUAGUAACAACAAUAAUUUGGUAAAUAGUAACAACAGUGACAAUGAUAACAACAACAACAGCAUCAGUAACAAUAUGUCUGUACAAAACAGCAAUAAUAAUGCUAGCAAUACCAAUAGUGGCCACCAUCCUCUCCACCAGCAUCACAAUCAUCAAAGCAAACAGAUCCCCACUCAGGCAGACACACGAUUUGUUACCACAUCUCAGCCGAAGGUCAACCUCCAUCGUCCAUUCGGGGGUGUACAGUUUCGAUCAAAAUAUGACAGUGAGCGUCGCAACAAGUUGAACAUUCAGCAAAUGCUGAAACAGGUUAAGAACACUGGCCGUGUGCGGUACAAAUGCAUGCAGUGUCCGUAUCGCACCUGCUGUAAAAACAACAUUAUCAAGCAUCGUAAACAGCACAUAAUCAAAAGUCGAUAUAAGUGCCCAUAUUGUAACUACAGUGCUGCCCGCAAAUACCUCCUGCAGCAACACCUCAAAUUUCAUCGUGACGAGCCUGGCGAACAAGAGAAAGACUUUCAGGAUGUUGUGCUGGACCCCUAUGAUGAGAAUUCUGUAAAAAGCCUUAAAAAUAGUAGUGACCUGCUAAAUGCUGAAAAGAAAACCUUACAGACUUCAGUCUCUUCUUCUUUAGUAAGCGGUCGAUUUACAGUACAGCCCGAUGAAACGGAGAGUGUGAAGAACCUGCCGAAAAGCAUUUCUGUUCCCAAUCAGUCAGAGGAACAUUCUAAAGAAGGUGAAACCAACAGUAAUGCUGAUGAUCAAAAGGGCAAACAUUUUCAAUGCAAUGCUUGCCCAUUCAGCUGUAGUACAUCAUACGAAUACCAGAAACAUUGCCAAUGUCACAAUGCUCAGAUGAAAUAUACCUGUGAUUUUUGCAGCUAUAGUGUGGACCGUUACAAAUUGUUGUCCCAACACCAGCAUCUGCAUAUCCCACAAUCAACCUAUGUCCCAUCAGAAGACCUCCCCAGCAACAUGGACACCACAGAUGAGAGCUCUAAUGCCCCUGAAAGCACCUGCUCACCUCAGACCAAAGAUGCAAUCAAGGACAAGCUCUUCAAAUGUCCAGUAGUCACCAAAGAGGUGGAUAGUAACCAACUGUAUGAAACUGACACCCAACUUGAUGGCAACGAUGAAGCCAUGCGCUACAAAUGUCCGCUCUGUCCUUACAUGUCGAAUUCUUUGAAAAGUUUCAAUGUUCACUCGCGCAUGCAUGGACUGAAGCGGAAAUACAAAUGUGACUAUUGCAACUGGAGUGCUGACCGGUUGAAUCUUCUUAACCAACACCGCAAAGUGCAUUCCAGGGAGCCAAAUUUCGAUCCAAAUCCAGAUGAACUGACUUUCCUUAAUCGAGAAGCGGCACUGCAACAUAAGGAGACAGUGCCUCCUCUGAAACACUUUAGUAAAACGACUACCCGACUGUUGGGUAAAAAACAAUACUCUUGCAAAAUGUGCCUGUUUUCUUGUAAUAACAAGAGUUCCUUCGUAAGCCACAUGGGUUUGCACCAUUCUCAUCCACGGUAUCUUUGCAAGUAUUGUGGUUAUAGCACUGACCGACGGAAUCUCUACCAGCAACAUGAAAAGAGCCACAUUUCUCAGGGUGAGGAAGCCAUUCCAGCUGAUGGCAAGAUGAACACCAAAUCAAGAAUUCGAUGUCCUAAGUGUCCUUAUCAUUGCUCUGCUGAACAUCUACUCAGUUCUCAUAUGAAAAUGCAUGAAUCGGAUCAGCGCUAUGUGUGUGACUAUUGUAAGUUUUGCACUAGUAAUUACUAUGUUUUUCACGAGCACUUGGAAAUCCACAAUGAAGCAUCCCAAAAACCUGAAACAGAUGAGCGCAACAAUGAAAGUGCUACAGGAGAGGAAAAAUAUGACGAGAACGAGUCUGAUGACGAGUACAGCUGUGAUCUUUGCUCCUUCUCUACAACAUCAAUUGAUGAGAUGAGGCUCCAUGAGUCUCAGCACGAAGGCCUCGAUGAUGAGAUAUCCUGCCCCUACUGUUCAUUCACCUGUACAAAAGAAACUGACAUAAAGCAACACGUUACUGUGCAUCAAUGUGGUAAAGCAGAGAGUGCCACUGACUCCCAAGAAAUUGAAAAAGUUGCUCCUGAAGACUUAACUCUAAAUCAAAACAAUACUUCACCUUCACAGCCCCCCAACAAUGUCAAUGAUGAUGUGCCUCCAGAUGCAGGCAGUAAAUUUACCCCUAUCACCGCCAAAUCAGAUGGCAUGUCCAGGUCCGCUACAAACCCUACAAAUAUGGAGGUUGAUUCUCCUCAAGAUGAUGAUCAAAAAAGACAGACUACUGUUAACCAUGUACUGUCAACUCCUGUGAUGACCAACUCCUCACAUGAUACAUACACGUGCCAGUACUGUGAAAGGAAUUUCAAAGACAAAAAUCAGAUGCAGAUGCAUGAAAAACAACACCUAAAGGGAUAUGAAAAUUUAGAAGCCGUCCAGUAG